GGAAGUCAAAGGAAUUGUCUGUAGAUUUCCGAGAUUCUUAUUCACACUGGAAGUUCUAAGAUCUCUCAUGGUGUAUUCAAGGUCACUCAGUAAAUCUUAAAGUUAAUCUCACAGGACUACAAGAUUUUGGAGUGAUUAGAAUUUUUUAGAAUAUUGGGUGGGGAGCUGCUGUUAACGGCAGGAAUUUUUUUGUUUUGUUUUAUUCAAGUCGGUUUUGUCAGUCAGUCGUUACACACGCGUAGCUGUAGUAUAUUUGCUUCCAACGAGCACCCCUGAACGCAGCAUCUCCUUAAAGGAACCCGGAAACCGCCUGUUGUGGAAGAGUUGGCUAGUUAGCUAGUAGCAUUAAGUUCUCCUCCUCCCCCCGUCAUUUUUUUUAUUAUUAUUAUUAUUAGUUCUUUUUGCGACUACGGUACAUUUAAAAGCUGAAAAAUGUCCGGGUCGUCGAACAUCAUAGUGAUGAAGAAAAUCGUCCAACAGCUCCGCCUUGAAGCUGGCAUAAACAGAGUGAAGGUGUCCCAGGCCGCGGCUGACCUGCAGCAGUUCUGCAUCCAGCACGCCCAGCAAGACCCGCUGCUCACCGGCAUGUCGUCCAGCAACAACCCGUUCAGACCGCAGAAAGUCUGCUCCUUUCUAUAGUCCACGCUGUUUUGGACAUUGUGGUGCUUUUUGUGAAACUGGGCUACAGAACCUACAUGAUGGACUGGAAAGGUCUCAGGAGGGAUGAGAGAAAUUUGAGGACUUACCUUUUUACUGUUUUCAUAAACAUUUCAGGUGCUAAUGUGGCACGAUGUCUUAAAUCUUCUCACUAACCCGUGACUAACCAAACAGGUGUGCCUUUAUAAAUUUGUAUAUUUUUCAUGACUGAUCAUGAAUAAAUUAGUAUUUCCAUAUU